CAGUCAAGGAACAAAUGCUCCAUAGUUUCCUCCUCAGCCCAGCAUACCGGACAUCUAGGAAGCACAAGAAUCUUUUUCCCAAUGAGAGCUUCCGGAGUUGGCAGAAUAUGGUUAAAUAUUUUUCAGACAAAAACUUUCAUCUUGGGUGAGAUAUUUGCCUCCCAUAGACGAAUCCAGCUGCUCUAUCCAACCAACUCACCAAGGAUCGCCAACGGCCCCUCUGUUUAUCCAAAAGAACUGCAAAGUGGUAUGCGGAUUUAACAAUGAAAACCCCCUCAGUUGUGGCAUGCCAGAUCAGCUUAUCCUCAAUAUUUUCCCUCGUAAGGGGAAUAGUCUUUACUACCUGACAAGUGGGGGGUCAAACCACUGACUAACCUUGGUCUCACACCAAUGCCCCUCCUCCUGGCAUAUAACCUCACAACCCUUGGAUCACCCCCCCUCUGGCAGUACCUAAGGAAUAUACAUCGGAUGACCAGGGUGCAACCUAGGAAUCCAAUUAAAAUGGAGGAGCGAAGCAGUGCGGCCAUUACCAAUAUUCCCUCGUAAGCCCAUGUCCAAUAACUGAUGGCCAUAGAGGAUACUCUGCCAACCCCAAGAUGGACGAGAGCGAGCCAUAGCACAAAGGAAGUCCCUGUAGGGAAAUACUUCCCUUUAUAGACCUAGGCUAAUAGAGAGUGAGGUUCAUGAAGAAUGCACCAUCCAAUUUUGGCUAGCAGAGCUUGAUUAAAGUGCUCAAACCUCCUAAACCCCAUUCCUCCUUCAUGCUUACUCUGGCACAUUGUUCGCCAGGAUACCUAAUUAAUCCUUUGAUGGCCCUCCUCCACACCCCACCAGAACCUGGCCACAUGUUUUUCCAGGAUACGGCACAUGGAGAGCGGUAGUUUGAAACAUGACAUAAUAUGUAACGGCAAAGCUAAAGCAAUUGAUUUAAUUAAAGUCUCUUUAGCCGCCCAAGACAAAGUCCUUUGCUUCCAACCUUGGAGGCGUUCCAGCAGCUUAGCCUCCAAAUAUCAGAACAUAGCCAUUUUUUAUCGAGCAAUCGGAGUGGACAACCCCAGGUGUUUGUCAUGAACCCCUACCGCCCCCCACUCUCAGGCCGAGCCAAAAACUCUUGGUCUGGGAGCGCAAUAUUCUUGCUAAAGCAGACUACCGACUUCCCCAAAUUAACCCGUUGGCCACUCAGUUCCUAAUAUUCAUUCAACACCUCCACCAAAUCCUCACAUUCCUGUAGGGAAUCACGCAUAAAUAGGUAAGAAUCAUUUGGAAAAAAUAGGUGGGUAAUCUGGGGAGCACGAGGGGCUACUUUCACUCCUUCCAGCUUUCCUGCUGUGAUUGCUUUACUGAGGAGAGCCGCAAACCCCUCUGAGCAGAUCACAAACAAGAGAGGGGAAAGAGGAUCCCCUUGCCUUAACCCCCUGGAGGGUGAGAAGAAACCAAACGAAGUGCCAUUCAUGAGGACCGAGAAGGAAGAGGAUUGAAGACAUUCAUGUAUCCAACCUCUCCAAACAGAGUUAAAGCCUUUUCCAAAACCGCUAACAGAAAGGACCAUUCAACUCUAUCAUAGGCCUUUUCCAUGUCAACCUUCAGAGUCAUGUAUCCUUUCUUACCACGAGUUUUGAUUUUCAGGUAAUGCAUGAACGCAUGUCCAAGAGGACAGGUUUUGUUGUUCAUAUGUCAAGGGCUGGUAAGGUUUUGCGCGUUGUAUCGAAUUAAAAUAUUAUCCACAAUUUGCCUUUCAAGGAUGAAAGCAUUCUGUCCUUCUGAGAUGAUCUGAGGCAGGAGACCCGUUAGCCUUUCUGCCAUGUUCUUAGUGUUGAUCUUGUACACAAAUUGACAUAGGCUGAUUGGGCGCAAUUGCAUGAUGGACUCCACAUUAUCCACCUUCGGAAUUAAUGUUAAUCACGUGUGAUUAAAACUCCAGAGCAUCCGACUUGUUCUGAAGAAAGACAUAUUGACUCAGUUACCGAGGGACCAACAAUAUCCCAAAAGGACUUGAAAAUUUUUCCGGUGAACCCAUUUGAUCUCGGAGCUUGUUUUGAGCCCAUGGAGAAGACUGUAGUCCAUAUCUCACUAGGCAAAACUUCCAUCAUAAGAAUGGCAUUCAUUUAUUAGCCAAUUUUUUUUAUUUUAAAAAAUUGGAUGUUGACCGCCAUAUAUCUCUUCUUGAUCAAUUUCAUAAUGUCAAGUCAAUAUUACUUACAAAAAUGCUAACAAAACAUUAAUUUUAGACUAAUAAUACUAACAAAACAUCAUAACGGAUCACAUAAUACAUGCACAUAUGCCAUCUUCCCCGCGUCAAGGCGCGACAUCGCCACCUAGUAAAAUAGUACGAUCGAAUCUAUGGAAGCAUUGGUUUAUACAUUCCUCUUAGUCUCGACUCUAGGAAUAAUUUUUUUCGCUAUCUUUUUUCGAGAAACGACUUUUUCUAUUUUUUUAUUUAAAACUCUUCUUUUUAAAUUAUAAACAAAUAAUAAGCAGCUUCCGCGGAUACCUUCGUUGGGGUCCCAGACUAAACAGAGUCAUUUUAUUUCUACCGAGCUAGAACAAGAAGCCAAUGUCUAUAGUAAACCAAAGUCAUCGUUUAAUACUUAUUUUGCUUCAAUCUUCCUAUCAUUAUCUCCUAAGCCCCGGUCUAACCUUAAAGGAUUUUCCUGCUUAUAAUAAAGGGGCUUCAUUUCGUUCAUACCAAGCCCGCUAGAAAGGGCUUAAACUUAGAGCAGACAAUCACUUAUUCACAAACCUCGUGUGGGGCGAAUAGUUUUCAUUGGGGUUCAUAUCUUCAUAUAUAUAUAUUUGAAAGCCUGUCUUGGCGACUCACUCCCAACGGGGAGUUAACCCUGAAGUGCUAUAUGCCUUGACCGAUGAGGAAGAAGACCCAGGAGUCUCCCAUCCAAUUUGCGGCGCUGUUUGGAGGACCCCAGCUACGCAGCACACGCAAUGGAGCCGUAGACAGUCAAGUGAAAUCCAAUACACGAAAUACACGAAAUAAUUUGAUCUGUGAGGGUGGGAUGGGAAUAAUUAUCUCUCUCUCGACCGGAAAAGACAAAUCGAAAAAACAAAUUAAAAAGUUCAAAGCAAAGAACUGCAAGCUAAGGGUUACGUUGCGUGACCUCCUUCACUCUGUUAAUUUUUUCUUGGUCCCGUGAGAAGCAAGCUGACUCCGUCGAUUCUCACCGGAAAUCCACCACCAUAUCAUCAGCGUUAAGGGUCUUUGCGCCAGCCGACUAUGACCACCAAUAUCUCGACUCUCAAGCUUCUAGUCAAUCGAAUCACCACCGCUUGGAAUCCCGAACCCCGACUUUCCCGUUGUCUCCCCUGUUCAUCGCCAACAUCAUCUCUAACGCAGCAAUCCACCCCCAACAAUCCCUGACCAGCCAUGAUCACUCAGAUCUCCAACGCCUCAGUCCAUAUCACCACCGUCAUCAGCCAUGUUGCUGGUGCACAAUCUUCACCAACAUCGUCUCUGUCAAGCCAAUCCACCAUCAAAGUAGCUGUUGUCGUCGAUCGGCCAUCACCACCCAGAUCUCGAAUCCCCGACAGUCGAUUUCACCACUGUCAUCCACCCAGUUGUCGCUGCCGAUCCUCCCAUCAAAAGGUGCAGAGUGUUAGAUUUGAGAUUUGUACAGUUGAAGAAAAGUGAUUUGAGAAUGAAAAUAAUGGAUAUUCAAUAGGGAAGAUGUUAGAUUUAGUAUUCAUGGUUGUAGUUGAACUUAAGGUAGAAUAUCAAGCUAAUAUAAUGUAACGACUUUAAUUAAUUAAGUCGAAUUGCACCUGAUCCACCACAGGACACGUAUGAAUAUAAAGUUACUAGCCCAUUACCAUUCCUAUCCCACAUUAUCAAAUUAUUCAAUGUCCAUUGUCAUGAUGAGACAAUGUUCAACUAUAAGGGUAAACAUAAAGAUGGAAGGUUUUUAAUGAUUUCUAAGUUUGACAGAGGAUGUGAUCAAAUAGUGUAUUUUUGGAAUACACGUUUAGAAAUCACCUAUGUGAGUGUGAAGUGGAGCACUUCAAGGAGAAUAAAAGAAGGCCAGUUCUCUAAGCACUCAUGAGACUAGGUGACGUUCAUGGCUAAAAUGACAAAACAAUGAGAACCAGUGAACAGAUAAGAGUUAGGUGUGUGACAUAUGUUGUCUUAGUAUACAAGCAAAACCGGCGGUUCAAAGAUAUCACAUCUACCAAUUGGUAAGUAUACUUGAUAUAUGUUCACUAACGAAGGUUCAAAGGGAAACCUACCUAUUCCGAUGCAACUAAUUCUUAGUCGUGAAUCACACGAUUUUUUGCAUAAUUUUUAAAGUACAACAUUCUCCAUUCAUGUGGGGGAUUGUUGGGAUUUUUAAUGGUGUGAAUGGAAAUAAAAGGGGAAAGAUCCAAGAGAAUCUCUUGAAGUAUCAUGUUGGUAAGCUAUGGGAAGGCAUGGCAGCGAAUCCGGUCGAUUUGAUGUAAUAUGUUGGUAAUCGGUAAUAUUGGUUAGUGUAACCAACCGAACCAAACUGAGUUGAACCAAAUCAAACCGAACCAAAGUGGCGGUUGGAAUAAUCAAACCGGUCCAACUACCAUGGGUCGAACCGAUGCAAUGGUUCAUUAUUUUAAAACAAACCAAUGUGUUGGUUGGGGUUUAACCACUCAUACGAAGAGUUGCUUUCUUUGUACGCACCCCUUCAUUUUCUAUACAUAGCACCAUACCCCCUCUAGUUUUGAUGACGAGAAACACACGUUUUCCAGGUACCAAAAACUCUGCUAAAAUCCAAAAUUCGUUUUUCUACAUUCUUUUCAAAGAGAAAAUCGAGUCAAGUAUGGUUCUCGCCGGUUCGCUGCGCUCGAUGGGUUCUGGGGUUUGAGGUACCGCUACGCCGAAAAAAGUACGUCCUUUCUAUCCCGGGAGGAAUCAUUCCAUAACCUUGGGUACUAGAGGGGAAUAAGAUUCUUUAAGGAGAGAUAGUGAAUUCUAUCGGCUAGGACGCUUGCAUGUGUCUUUGCAUGUUUUCUUAAUCUUAUUUGUUUGCUUGUGUUGCAAGAAAAUAGUAUAUGUGAACAAUUUCCACAACAGCAUCGAGCAAGCCACUCUUGCUCCAAAAAAGGCCUCUCCACAAAAUCGUGGAGAAGCUGGAGCAACUUAUUUUCAUCAAUGAAAAGCUCAAGGGCCACGAUCAAGCCCUUUUCAAAUUAGCCAACUUGAAUCUUAAUAUCUUGCAGAACUUGUAUCAAACUAAGCUAUUACUCCUCAAGUUAGCCAACUUGAAUCUUAAUAUUCAUUCAAGGUAAUGCUACCGUUGUCCUCUGCACACUAAGGAGUCAAUCUUAAUAUGUAUGGUUUACCAGCUCCUUUAUGCAAAUUUUGCAGUGGGUGCUACAAAGAGGAAUGCUACAUGAAGCAGCAAGAACAUGCCGGUUCGGCCGUGGAAUGCUAUAUGGAGCAGCAUGACCAUGGUCGCUUCGGCCGUUGAGUGCUAUAUGAAACAACCCGACCGUGUUUCUUCGUCCGGACAGUGCUACAUUAAGCAAUAUAACGAUGUUACUAUAUCAGUAGAAUGUUAUAUGAAGCAACAAAUUCCACCCCCCACUCCAUCGGUGGAGUGGUACUGUUAUCAAGGUUGUCAACCCGCGGGGUCGAUCUGCCGGUUGACCCACUUUGACUCUAAUCUGGUGAGAAAAUUGGGUUGCACUCACCCGCCGGGUCAACUGAUGCUAGGUAUCGAGUUGGGGGUCAAAUUGUGUAAUUUUUUCUUCUUCUUUGGUUUGUGAAAUGCGCCUAUUUUCCAAUUUUGCUUUUCGCCUAACCCAAAUUUUGGUGUAAUGUUAUAAGUUAUUACUCAAAUGUUAGAUGAGAUUUGGUAUAAUAUUAUAAAUGUAUGAACACUAUAAUGACUUUUUCAUAUAUCCAAGAUAAAUCGAGCUAAAAUGGUCGGACCAUUAACCCUCACCAGACAUCAACUUGUAACACCCUUCCCACCACUUAUCAACAAAUCUGAGAGACCAAGUAGUAAGUGUAGAAAUACUUGGCUUCAUUCUUGGUCACUGUCCGGCGAGACGUCAUUGGAGAUCUCUUGGGCUCCAAAAUCUUCAACCGCCAUUUUUAAUUAAGCUGUGACACCACAAUUACUGACUAAAUGACUACUUGAAAAUGUAGUUUCCUACAUUAUUGUUUAUAACUGCACUACCUAUAUACUACGGAUUGUGAUUGAAUGAAAAACUAUCCACCCGUCCAAGAGGACAAAGAAAAGGAUCACAAUUUUUUUCUAUAUGUAGAGCAAGAGAGAUCAACAAUUAUAGAAAUAAUACUCCGUUAAAUCAAUAGUUGAAGUUAAGUAAAACAGUGAAUAGGGUACAAAACUCGUAUUGCCUUACAAAAUGUAAUCUCUGACCGUUCAGAUUUGUCUCAUCUAAUGGUAAGAAAAUACACUGAUAAGUAACGGAGUCAAAAGGGCAGCAUGGUAAUUUACAUAUUUUCAGUUUGGCCGACAGCUCAUUACGAUCGCAGAUGAGAGAUAGAAGCUCUUUCUACUAGUUGUCAAAAGGGCAGCAUGGUAAUUUACAUAUUUUCAGUUUGUUAAACAUAAUACCCUAUACUAACAUCAUAUCAUUGUAUUAUCAUUAUAUCAUAGUGAUAAUAUUACGAUAUGACAAUGAUAUGAUGUCAGGAAAUAAAUUUUUUUCAAACAUAAAACGUAAUAUCAACAUGAUAUCACUAUUAUAUCAUACUACUGUGAGUGGUAAUAUCAUGAUAUAGCAAUAGUACGAUGGCGACGAAUGCAUGCAUGAAUGUUUUUCGCAUUGCACCUUGGCAUCAUUGUAGGUCAUUGUCCGGUGAGACGCCAAUUGGAGAUCUUUUGGGCACCAAAAUCUUCACCCGCCAUUUUUAGCUAAGCGUGAGCGUGACACCCGUCUAAGAAGACACAAGAGAUCAACAAUAACAGAAAGUGGGUAAUAUCAGCUAUUAUGUCUUUUGCCUAAAUCUCCUCGCAAGACAAGGACAAUUAUAUAGAAAUAAUCCUCCCUCAAACCAAUAAUUGAAGUCAAGUAAUGGUAUUUGGUUAUAGUAAGAGGGUCAAGGAUUCUCUCUAAAAUGUUGAUAAAUUUUUUAACCUCCGAAUAGUAUGUGAAAACUAGACCUACAAGUUUAUAAAAUGAAUUAUAUAAACUACGUACAUUUUCAUUUAUUUCUCAUCAAUUUUGUUCAAUAAACUAUAUUGAUUGUUAUAUAUAAGUUUUAAAAGAACAAGCUUCCGAACUUCAUAUGCCUAAUCAAAUAUCAAAGAUACUGCUCAUUCUACAAGUUGUUAUUGCAAACGUUGAAAGACAAUUUCUAUUUUUGAGUUAAGCUAACAAAUAAUAUUAGAAUUGCAUAGUAUUCAAUUUUCCAAUUACUGUCUAGUGGGCUACAUAAAUAAAGACUUGCUUAAAAGUGUAGAUAAUGAAAUUCCCAAAAUUAAUCUCUUAAAUGGCAAAAAUAUAGAAGAUAAACGUUAAUUGGAAAAGAAUAAUAAAGUACGAUGGUGUGACAUAUACAUGGAACAAAAAUAUCUCGAGAUAUCAUAAUUUAAUUGGAAAAAAUAAGAACACAAAUUACCAGGCAAUCACAGUGUAGAUGACGACAUACAUUACACCAAAUUCAAAACAGCAACUUUUAUAAUAAUAAAAAAAUUGUGGAUUAUUCUAGUGGUACUAAUUGAAUGUACUAAAUAUACAUUCUACUUUAAACUUAAGCCAUAAUAAAUUAGGGCUUGGAUUAGACUACAAAACUAUAUUGGAUGGUUGAGAUGGAGAGUGAAGUGAUCUAAUGGUCAACUUUCUAGAGGGUAAGUAGGGAAAUGAGGAGUUUGGGAAGAGGAAGCUAACCAGAGUUUUGGGAUAGCUGAUCGGAUUUUGGGGGGCAAGCAUUGAUUCCCAAACAAAUGAUAGAACACUUUUCAAAUCUCCAAUGAAAAUUCAACAGAUAAUAGUUCAUUCGUUUUACGUUGGAUUUCAAAAAAAAAAAAACAUAUAAAUAUCAUAUUUUUGCUCUACAAGAUGAUAUUCAUUUUGAUAUUUUUUUAAUAAUUUUUUUUCCAGGUCAUCAUACCACUGUCAUAUCACGAUAGUAUCACGUACAGUGGUAUGAUAUCAUGGUAUGGUGUUAGUGUGAUUAGGGCCGGAAGUAGGGGUGGAAAUCGGAACCUAAAUCCCGAAUACCGAAUUACACUCUAAAGUCAAUCUCAAUCCCUAAAUAAUUUCGGUAUCCCAAU